AAAGUAAAGAGAAAACACUUUGUAUUUCAGGUAUACAAGAAAUCUUGUGGACAGUGGAAAUGGAAAGUUCAACUUGAUGAUCUUGUGUUGGGGUGAAGGUCAUGGCAGCAGUAUCCAUGAUCACACUGACUCACACUGCUUUAUGAAGAUCCUCCAGGGAAAUCUAAAGGAGACUCUGUUUGAAUGGCCUGGGAAAAAAGGAAAUGGUGAAAUGACUAAGAAAUCAGAACGAGUUUUGAGGGAAAAUCAAUGUGCCUACAUCAAUGACUCCAUUGGCCUGCACCGUGUGGAGAACAUAAGCCACACAGAGCCUGCUGUUAGCCUGCAUUUGUACAGCCCACCCUUCAAUACCUGUAACACCUUUGAUCAGAGGACUGGGCACAAGCACAAAGUCACAAUGACCUUCUACAGCCAGUUUGGAGAAAGGACUGUCUGCGCUACAGGAGCGCCGCAGGAGAACAACUGAGAAGCAUCAGCACACAUUUGCAUAAGACCUGCUGAAUGUUUAACCAGGGACAGAAGACUUGCAUGGCUAAGGCUGACAGCCAGAUUUAUUUCAAUUCCUUGUACAUUGGAGUACACUAGGGCAGCCUCCAGACUGCAUGCAGUUUCCUCAAGCAAGUGUCAGUUAUGGGACAGUAAGCUAACUAGUGCCAUAACCUGCUUCAGAGGCUAGAUGCCUUUUCUUAGGCUUCUGUUAGAAUUAAUUAGUUUGUUUUCUAAUUCUAACGCCUUUUAAACUCCACCUUGGAUAUUUCCAUCUGAAUAUCAGAAAUAGGGUUAUUAAACAUGACCUGAUUCUUCUCAAUAGACCUAUGGGGAUGUAUGCUCUCAAUGUAAUUAGUAAAUAUAUAAACUUCUACGCUUCCAGUCACUUGUACCUCUGGGUAGUACAGUAGAUACAACUAACAGCAGUGCCUUUUUUUUUUUAAUUAACUCUUUUAGGUUUUAAUGCUUUAGGCCAUCUUUAUAGUUUUGUGCAUUUUUUAUCUUUUUUUUUUUUUUUUUUUUUUUUUUUUUUUUUUUACAAUUUAAUUUGUCAGAUCCUCUUUUAAAUAGGAACAGAGAAAUGCUUCAUGCAUGAUGAUUUUUCAAAACUGCACAGAGAUUUGACUUUCAAGAAGCCUAAUCAUAUGGAAUUCAGCUAAUGUCCAAUUCCAAAAGUAUUCUUUGUAGCUAAUGAAGAAGAAAAUUGAAAUAAAACUGUAUUUCUGCACAGA